CUCACUUCCUCACGUGAGAGGCGUUGCAACGCAAGGAUUCAAACAUCAUCCUCAAAAUCCCUCCAUCCUACCAAAUUUUGUCUCAACAUCUCACACUUCCCAAAAAGAAACCUAUUCCAACUCUCGACUCAUCCCCCAAUCAUCGAGUAUACGAUGCGGGGAGCACAUUGCCCGCCCGAAAAGCGCUCAAGCGAGAAGCUGUUCAGUGUUCGGCCAUAUUGAAACUAUACACAACCAGUGGCUCGUGUGUGAAAGUAAAAUCGCUCAGAUGCCUGUGCGUCGAAGUUUCCUGUCUCAGCAGUCGUGAGAGCGUGUGAACUCGUAGCUGCAUUACCGAUCGGGUGAAUAAGAUGCCGGUAUGAUUUCAAAAAUAAAAAAGAAACCGUCUAAGCUCGUUGUUUCGAGAGAUCUUCAAGGCUAGCUAGGAAACACGCGAACGCUGGUGUGGGUGUACGAGCGUGUUAGUGCGGACAAGAGUACACGCUGAGUAGGUGAGGUCAUACACCCAUCACUCGCACAGGUGGUUCCUCCUCCAUUCACGCCGCGCUCCGUAAAGCGAGUGCACGACUUCUCAGGGAAGACCGGCUCAUUUUAGCCAGUGCCGUUCACGAUGAUCGAUUACGCGUUUUCUCUUAAAUACUCCGUCUCUAUGCUGCUGGUCACGGUCAUCGCCAAUUGCGCUAAUUAUACGGACAUUGAUCUGCCGCCUGAUCACGUCAAGUACUACCUCAACGCUUUUCCCACGGUAGCCGAACAGUGCCGCAAUGAUACCGCCUGUCCGUUCAAGGAUAGCCUCGAUACCAAAGCCUGCUGGGGUUACGAAUCAAACUGCAAAUCCGAAAACGUUUUUUCCGUUCCUCAAUGUCCAGGUGAUCACAGAGGAUGGGUGACAACUAAGCAGGCACAGUUAGAAACGUUUUAUGCCCAAGGCGAUUUCGGCUACGUGCGCGACCAAAGGAAAGAGAUGUCCAUUUUCUGUGAACCUUUAUUCGUGGACGACUCGUCGUUAGAGUGCUCGGAACAUAUGAGGUUUUGCCGAGCGAGAAACAUCAUGAUCAAUUUUACGGAUCUGUUACGUAGGAACGAGCCUAUACGCUAUAAGAUGGAUGUCUUGAAAGAAGGACAAAUCGGUGGAUACUGCACAUUGAACGAGAAAAGACUGCAGGAGAACGCGGACCAUAUCAGUCCACUGCAAUCUUGGGGACCUGAACUGAGAAAUUUUCGAAAACUGUCGAGACCGCCGAUCGUCAACGGUGACUGUGAUAUCGUUAUCGAGAAACCUACGUUCAUAAUGAAAAUAGACGCCAUAGUAAAUAUGUAUCAUCAUUUUUGCGACUUUUUCAACUUGUACGCGUCAUUGCACGUAAACCUCUCGCACCCCGCCGCCUUCAGCACUGAUAAUCAUAUAAUGAUCUGGGAAAGCUACAGCUACCGUUCAGCGUUCCAAGACGCGUUCGAGGCUUUCACGAGAAACCCACUGUGGGAUUUAAAAACGUUUCGCGGUGAAACUGUUUGCUUCAAGAAUCUCGUGUUCCCGUUGUUGCCGCGCAUGAUCUUCGGUCUUUAUUACAAUACACCUGUUAUUUAUGGCUGUGAGAAGAGCGGAUUGUUCAAAGCCUUCGGUGACCACGUAUUGCACAGGCUACGAAUACCUCUCCACGAGAGGAAAAACCAAAGAAUAAGAGUAACUUUGCUCAGCAGGGACACGCAGUACAGGAGAAUCUUAAACGAGGACGAACUGGUGAAAGCUCUGAAGGAAAAUCCGGAAUACAAAGUGAGAAAGGUAGUUUAUAAUAAAAAAGUUACGUUUAAGAAGCAACUAGAGAUUACGAGAAACUCAGAUAUUUUCAUCGGUAUACACGGAGCUGGGUUGACGCAUCUAAUGUUCCUACCGGAUUGGGCUGCUGUGUUUGAGAUAUAUAAUUGCGAAGACCCAGGAUGUUAUAAGGAUCUGGCUCGUUUACGCGGCGUUAAAUACUUCACGUGGGAAAAUACCUCGAAAUUAGUGCAACAAGACCCUGGGACGCAUCCUGACGGAGGAGCUCAUGCGAAGUUCACGAACUAUAGCUUUGAUGUUGAAGAAUUCUUGCGCAUAGUUUCGCUCGCGACUGAUUACGUGAAGAAUCAUAACGCUUUCAAGGAAUUCAUUAGCAGAAGAGCGCAACGUAAAAGAACGGAGGCGAAGAAUCAGACUAGAACGGAGGGUAAUGAAAUAGAAGAUCCAAAGUCGAAGAAGACGAGCGAGUUAAAGCCAGUUAUUCAAUCCAAAGAUGAAUUAUGAUGACUAUCUUAGACAAUCAAUUUCGAUGACAACGAACUAGAGGAAUAAAUUGAAACGACUUGUUACCAGUUAAGUCUUUUACUUAUUUUUGUACGGACCUAUGUACAUACUUAUUUUGAUAAAAAAGAGAAAUAAAUAUGGAAUGCUA